CCAUGAACCAAAUACUGCCCGCAAUAAGUAAACGCACUUCCUUCUUUUGAUUCAGUUGGAGAGAUGCUGUCGACGGUUACUAUCUUGCUCGUUUUGAGCGCAUUUGCCAGUGUUUUAUCGGCAGAAGAGUUUAGGUUUUCUUCUUAUUAUGGGAAUCACAUGGUUCUGCAGAAGGCCCCAGCCAAAGCAUUCGUGUGGGGAUAUGGACAGACAGGCGCCAAGGUUGUGGUGUCAUUGUCAGGAGCAAACAAAGAGGAGCAAAUCUCUGCAAAAUCUGCUGUUAUCAAUGGUAUUUGGCGUGCAGCUCUCAAACCUGUAGAGGCUGGUGGUCCCUACAAUUUGACUGCAUCUCAGAGCAUAACUAAUAGCUCAAUCACACUCACAGAUGUGCUCUUUGGAGACACCUGGUUAUGUAGUGGACAAAGUAACAUGGCGUUCACUGUUGGACAAGUGAUUAAUGCAACAGAGGAGCUGGCCUUGGCCUCUAAGUACACAAAUGUGAGGAUCUUCCAGGCUGCCUUGGAGAAGAGCGAAGAGGAACUAACUGAUCUUGCCAGAGUAGAAGUUCCUUGGUCCCGACCAACGGCGAAAUUGCUUGGUGGAAAGGCGUUCACCCAUUUCUCUGCAGUUUGCUGGCUCUUUGGCCGCUAUCUCUAUGAAACACUGAAGUAUCCCAUAGGGCUAGUACACUCGAGUUGGGGAGGCACACCUGUGGAGGCCUGGUCAUCUCCACGGGCACUUCACAAGUGUGGACUGAUGAACAGUCAAUUCCUUGUAAAAAGUAACUUCUGGGAGAAUGCCUCUACUAAAUGGAACAGUUCGGUGCUCUGGAAUGCCAUGAUCCAUCCAUUACUCAACAUGACCAUAACAGGAGCCAUAUGGUACCAAGGUGAGGCUAAUGCAAACUACAACAGGGAUAAAUACAACUGCUCUUUUCCUGUGAUGAUUGACGACUGGAGGAUGGCUUUCCAUAAAGGCUCAGGUGGCCAAACUGCACUACACUUCCCUUUUGGAUUCGUACAGCUAAGCACAUAUCACAAGAGCGAUUCGCAAGAUGGGUUCAGAGAAAUACGCUGGCAUCAGACCGCAGACUAUGGCUUUGCCCCUAAUAAACGCAUGAAGAACACCUUCAUGGCUGUUGCUAUUGAUGUACCUGAUGAAAGGUCCCCCUGGGGCAGUAUUCACCCAGAGGAUAAAGAGGAUGUGGCAUACAGACUUGUGCUAGGGGCAAGAGCUGUCGCCUAUGGGGAGAAGAAUGUAUCUUUCCAAGGACCUUUCCCUACUCAGGCCAUGCUCAAACAGGAUUUCAUUAGCAUUGUGUUCGAUCAGGGUAUUAAUGCCAUUCCUGAUGAUGGAUUUUUUUUUGAGGUCUGCUGCUCUGAGGAUAAGACAUGUGAAUCAGAUAACAAAUGGUUGCCUGUUCCCAUUGAAAAAUGUGGCUUUGAUUAUGUCCUUGUAUCAAAACCAAAAUGUGAUGCUGAUAUUAUAGGUGUGCGUUAUCUCUGGACAGACUGGCCUUGUAACUUCAAAGCCUGCCCCAUCUACAGCUCUGAUGGACUUUUGCCUGCACCACCGUUCAUCCUGUCCAUAACAAACCAGUGACCAAUAUCAGUAUACUGAAACAUCAUAUUUAGAAAUUGUCUCUUAAUAUCAUAUAGCAAUGAUUCUCAAUCCUGGUCCUGGGGGCCCACUCCACAUUUUGUAUGCCUCUAAUGUCUGCAUGCUAGUUUGGUUGAUAGAGCUCUCUGCUAAUGAGCCAAUGAUCUGAAUCAGGUGUGUUGUAUAAGGAAAACAUAUAAAAUACGGGUCCUCAGGACCAGGAUUGAAAAACAAUAAUCAUGCGAAUGUCUAAAAUGCUUAUUACAUUUAUUAAGGGAGAUUUUGAAUGAAUGAACUUCUUCAAAUGUUUUUGAUUGACAUAAUCUAAUAUGUUUGUAUUGUGAACUCCUUGAUUGAAAAGCUAUUUGCCAUUACCUCACCCCCAGUUUAAUCAGAUUGCACUUUAGAUGUACCCUUUUUUGAAAGGUCAUAGUAAGUUUACUUUUUAUGUGGCAUAACAUUAAAGAUUUUGUAUUGAUA